UUCUCUCUCCCAGCUGACUCCGGACAACAAACCAGGAGCCGCUGCAGCUGUCAGCCGCUCAUCUCCCAGUUUACCGGCCGGCUUACAGCCACCACCGCUGCCUCCUGACUGCACAUUCAACCAGCUACGCGUCGCUCCUUUUUGCGGGAUGCUGACAUGUUGUGAUUUGCCCCGCAAGCGAUGAGUGAAACGAGCGCCGAGGAGACCGGACCGAGACCGGCGGAGGUUCUGUUGACGUCGGGCUGCCGAGCCCCGCAGGUCGGGCAGGUCGGAGGAUGGAGCCGAGGCUGAACGGGGAUGGCAAGCCGUCCGUGUCCCGGUUCCCCCUCGGCCCUGUCCUCGUCCUCUCCCUCCUGGCUGUGCUGGCGAGCUGUCACGGUACCUGCAAGCACCGAGCCCCGGCUCCGAGCGAGGUCGUCCAUCAUGUUUACUUGAAGCCUGAGCGUUUGACGAAAAGAAGCUCUCCUGAUGACCUUCAGCUGAAGAUAAAGAUCAUCUACGACAACAGCGUUGACCAGCUUCCUUCAGACAAGAGAAGACUGGUGAAGGAUAAGCUGUUUCCUCAGGCCAUCGACUACCUGCAGAGAGCCUUCAGUGUGAGGCACAGGGUUGGACCUGUGCUCCUCAGCAGACAAUGUGCAACCAACCAGUACAUGAGGAAGCGAGAUGACCCUCAUCGCUACUGCCAGGACGCCUGCGCAGACGUCACCCGGUGUGGCCCCGUCAUCGUACCACAGCACCACCUGCAGCAAUGCAAGGUGUGCAGUGAAUCUGGGAAGUCCUGUGGCCCCUCGGGGCCUCCAGACGGCCCUGGAGUCGAGGGGUCUGACUUCGUGCUGUACGUCAGCGGCAUCACCACGGAGCGCUGUGGUCAGGAGAACAUAGUGGCCUACGCUGCUUACUGCCAGCUGGAGGCAGAACUGGACAGACCUAUAGCCGGCUACGCCAACCUCUGUCCAGCCAUGAUCUCCUCUCAGCCUCAGGAGUUUGAAGGGAUGCUCUCCACGGUCAAGCAUGAGAUCAUCCACGCUCUGGGAUUUUCAGCCGGCCUGUUCGCCUUCUACCACAACGAUGAAGGCAAACCUCUGACUCCUCGCUCCGUCAGCGGCCUGCCUGCCUUCAACGAGAGUCUGGGUCUGUACCAGUGGAGCGAGGCGGUGAUCCGGAGGGUCAGCAGGCUGUGGGACAUCAGAGGAGGAGUGAUGGUCCGACACCAAGUCCACGUCCUCGUCACUCCCCGGGUUGUGGAGGAGGCGAGGAGACAUUUUAACUGCCCCAUCCUGGAGGGGAUGGAGCUGGAGAACCAGGGAGGGACUGGAACUGAGCUGAACCACUGGGAGAAGAGACUGCUGGAGAACGAGGCGAUGACGGGCUCCCACACCCAGAACCGGGUGUUUUCUCGGCUGACGCUGGCCAUCAUGGAGGACAGCGGCUGGUACCGAGCCAACUACAGCCUGGCUCAGAGGCUGGACUGGGGCCACGGCCUCGGCUGCGACUUCGUCAUGAAGAGCUGCAAGUUCUGGAUGGACAGACAGAGACAGAGACGACACGCUGUGACUCCGUACUGCGACACGGUUCGAGCGUCUCCUCUGCAGCUGACCUGCAGACAGGACCAGCUGGCUGUGGCCGUCUGCAACCUGCAGAAAUACCCUCAGGAGCUGCCGCUGGAGUACCAGUAUUUUGAGCGGAUCCCAGAUGUCGCUGCUGAUCAGCUGUCGUUCUUCGGCGGUGCUGUGGAGAUCGCCGACUACUGUCCCUUCAGCCAGGAGUUCAGCUGGCACCUGAGCGGAGAAUAUCAGAGGAACUCCUACUGCAGAGUCUCCGAGAACCAGCCAGACUGGUGGAGGAACUACGGAGCAGAGCAGUAUGGACCAGAUUCGGUGUGUCUGUACCAGAAAUCAGCCUUUGUGAUGGAGCAGUGCACCAGGAAGAUGACGUAUCCCGACUGGGGCUCCGGAUGCUACAAGGUGUCGUGUUCGCCUCAGGGCCUGACGGUCUUCGUCCAGGAUCGAUCCUUCCAAUGUUCCCGUAAAGGUCAGCUGCUGAGCGUCAGCGUCCGAGUCAACGACUGGGUUUACAACGGCGUCCUGAUCUGCCCCGCCUGCACCGACUUCUGUGACGACUGCCCCCUGCCCCACCAGCUGGCCCCCAUCAACACCUCCAGGAGUAACCCCAUCGAUCCAUGCUCCAGCUCUCCAGGUCUGGGCUUCACUCUGUGGCUGCUGCUGCUCAACCUGCUUCCCCUCGUGGCCGGACUUCUGCUCUGCCACUGCAGCUGAUAAAACACCAGGUAGCUCAACACUCUGUACUGUCGACAUCCGAGGAUCUGGACCGCAGAUGUCUACACUUUUUAUUGUUCGUUGAAGGACCUCUACUUCUUAUUUCCUCCUUUCAUUCCUACGAUCCUCAUUUUUCCAUUCCUCUGUCAGUUCUCUCUUUUAUCGCACCGUUAUAUCCUCAUCUGUCAGGGAUCCUGUCACUGAAGCUCCAUUCAGUGUUUACAUGCACUUAAGUAUCAUUCAGCUUCCAUUUAAACACAACAACCCUUUUUAAUCAGGUUGCAGGAUUACAGAAAGCUGAUUUUUCAGGUAGUUUUCAAUUAAUGCCACCUGAACAAAUACAUUGGUGAGCAGCUACAUGGCAGCUAAUGUGGAUAUUUACAAGUGAAUCAUCAGAAAAUAGAACAAGUAUAAUAAAAAGGGACCAUCUUUGCAUCUUUUGCAUGAAAAAUGAAGCCUUUUUUUUGCAGAUUUGUGUAAAAACACUAACUAUAUUAUGCACACUGGGAAUGCAUCAAUACCUGUUUUUUUCACAUUUAGAUGAUUGCAAAGUACUGAUAUAAGUAUUUAUAUUACAUAAUUAAAUAUCUGUACCAUCUCUAAAAGUGCACCGAACAACUGAAACCACUGCUUGAGUAGUCGAUCAACAGAAAAAUAGUGCACAAUAAAUACAAUUAUUUUAAUAACAUUAUUUUUUGAAGCAAAAAUGGUUUGAAAAAAAGACACUCGAAUGAUCCCUAUAUUUUAGCAGAAUCUUGGGGCUUUUUUGUUUUGCAUAUUUGAUUAAUUAAUCCAUGAAAUGAACAGUUAAUUGUAAGAUUAACUAAUAAUGAAAAACAGGAAGAAAAAAAUUGGUCUCCAGUUGUUUUAAUAUUUGAUUAAGCUGCUUUUCUUUCCACUUUCCAUUGAGGCUAUUUGGAACAAAUACAUAAUAAUGAUCAACUUUAUUUAUAUUGUGCUUUUCUUAAUAUUGUGCUUACCAAAAGUUAAAAAUAAAAGCAGACCAGCCAGAUAAAAUAAUAAAAACAGCCAAGGGACAUGGGAACGCAGAAUGUUAAAAAGUAAAAUAAAAUAGGACUAAAUAAAUGUGAAGAAUUAAAAAAAAAAGAAAAUAAAAACCUAAAUCAUACACUUCCAACACAUUUCACAAAGAUUAAAGUUUAAAUUAGAGAUUUAAAAGAACAUAGAGGUUUAGUGUGUAUAUUUAUAGCAGCAUUUCCACGAAUAAAACUCCAGAAUUUUUCAUUUUUAGUGCAAAUAUUCAGGAACUUUCCAAGGAACUGAAGGUUUCUCAGGGAAAUUAGUGACUUAUUUAAAGUUAUGGCUGCUUUACUACGUCAUUUAAUUUAAAAUGCUAUCGGAUGUGUUUUAUCUGAGAACUUUUAAUUCUGGUUUUAGCAUCCCUUGUUGUUUUUGAGUAAUUACGUUACUACAGUGCUUGUAAACAUGUUUUCUGCUGUAACAGUAGCUGUGUUUCCAUCACACGUUUUUAGACACAUUUCAAGGUAUCGAGAAAACAACAAAAGUAAGUUUUAAUGCUUGAUUUUCUUUUUAAAAAAAGAGCUAUUAAACUUUAUUUGUGUCUCCAGACGGCAUUAAACAUGGCCGAUGCCAGCUGACUUGAAAGAAUAGUUGAGGGGGUUGGAAGCAGAGUUGUCUAACCCACAAUCCAAAUAUAACAUUACAGUGAAUGUUAGACUGUUCUUGAAAACACAAAACUUUGAGCCCAUUUUUCUCAAAAACUACAAAAAGUGGGUUAGACCACUCUGGUUCCAAACCCUUAUUGUCCAAGAUGCUUCAGAAAUUAUUCAAAAUGUGUCCAAAAUGACUUGAAAAUGAUGCAGAAUUACAGAAAAAUUUCCAGAGAUGAUCUAAAAUGACAAAAAAAAUUUCAGAAAGACAAAUUUUAGACAUGCAAAUAGUCUGAAAUGACUGGUAAAUGACCCAAAGUCAGUCAGAAUUUCUCUCAAAUGAUUAAAAAUGAUCCAGAAUGACUGAAAUUUGGCAUAAUGACCGUAAAAUUGUCCAAGAUGCUUUAAAAAUCAUCUAAAAUGGCUCAAAAUUUGUCUAAAAUUGUUUGAAAUUGAUCCAAAAUUGCAGAAAAUCUGUCCAUAAUUACACAAAAGUUGCCAGAAAUGACAAAAAUCUUCCCAAAAUUGACCAAAAUUUCUCAAAUCUGUUCAGAAUGAACUGAAAAUUAUUAAAAAUGGUCUAGAUUUUAGUGGCAGAGUGGUUUAACCCAAGACCCAAAUAUAGCGUUACAGUGAAUGUUAGACCAUUCUUGAAAACACAAAACUUUGAACCCAUUUUUCUCCAAAACUACAGAAGGUGGGUUAGACCACUGCUUCCAAACCCUUUAAUUUUUACUGAUUUAAAACAGUUCUUAAAAACUUCGUCUCUAUUUUCCUCUGAUAAAUGACCAAACUUUUAGUUCCAUCUUCAUCUGCUUUGAGGUUUGUUGGCAGUUUGCAAACAUCAGGUUUGGUUUCCGUCUUUUAUUAGCCACUCUACACAGCCUAGUUUUUAAUUCUUUUGUCACAUUUAAAAGUUCUCUGCAGGUUUUCUUGACAGUUUAAUGGAAACACGGCCACUAAUCAGGUUACUUAAGUGCAUGAAAACAAUCAGGGAAGUUCAACAUCUUCUGGAACAUCAGGUUGUUUGGUUUGAAAACGACAAAUCAGAUCAUUUCUUUUCCCCCAAAACAACAAGCCGUCUCUGUUUUUCUUUAUUUUUCCACCAACUGUGCAGAAAAGUGACGGAUUCGCUUUGGCUUCUACCCAGAGUUUGAACUUUACUUGAACUUGGAAUCAUCCUCCUUCAUCAAACUCCUUUUUUUCCCCCUUAUUUCCCUCCGAGGAGAUAGAUCUGUCUUUUUAGCUGAAUCUUCUCAAACAUAUUUGAAAAUCAUGAUGAGAAAUUGACUGGAUCAGAAGACGAUUUCUUAGUCCAGCUGCCUGCCGAUCAACCCGAAUACGAAGAAAAAAGACGUUGUUUUAAUGUGCAGCUGGAUGAUUUUAAAGCUACAAAUACUGUUUUCUUAACCCGUGAGCUGAAAGAACAGUUUCCUUCCUCCGAAUGAGGCGACGCGAGGAUCUGUGUGGUUUGCUGAACUGCUUGAAGUUUUCUAAGCUUGAAGGAUAUUUUACGCAGAGAAGUUUUAAUGUAAAUAUAAAUGUGAAUCUCUCCUGAGAGGCGGGUCAGGCGGACGGAGUUCCUCAGCCUCCUCCUGACCGGUCAGUGAGUUUUAAUUCAUUACCUCAUUUGCUCUGAGUGGAUUUCAUGUCAGGUUUACCAAGAUUUGUUCAGCUUUUAGUCACUGUUGUUUCUUCAUAGGGGUCCAAGUUUCUGUCCUUGCAGAAAUUAUCUUAAUAACUUGACACUGUGCACAUUAAGGCAGCUGUCAGGUUGUCAGAAUUAUUCCCCAAUCUGUUAUUUCUGUUAUAUAUAAGAAAUUAUUCAUUCUUAAAUGUAAUCAAAUCUUAAAUUUUGGGGUUUAAUUGACCCAAAGCUCGUUAAGAACUUUCAAAGCCUGCAGGAACUUUAAUUUACUUUGAAGAAAAGUCCAAAUAUACAAAAUAUUUUUGUCGUUGUGCCACAUUCCUGCUAACGUACGAAUCUUUGCAUCAAAAGAAGUAAUCGUGAAUUCUAGAUGCAAAAUAUACUUAAAAUUGCACCCAAAUCUCCUCACAUGUCGAAUAUCUGCUCAUCAACAGAUGCUAUGACUUAUAAUUUUAUAUAUAAGAAAUUAUUUUAUGUGAAAUGUAAUGAAAUCUGAAAUUUAGGGGUUUAAUCGACCCAAAGCUUAUUAUACUUUCAAAAUAAGCAGCAACUUUAAUUUAUGAUGAAGAAAAGUCCAAAAACUUUCCUCAGGGGAAUGAGUAGGGCUGCACAGUUAUGGCCAACAUAAUAAUUCCAGUUAUUUAUUAUAAUUAUUCACCAUUUUAGUGACAAAGUGUUUCCCUUGUUGUGCCACAUUCCUGCUAAUGUACGAAUAUUUGCAUCAGAAUACGACUUUAAACUGUUUGCUGAAUUCAGUGCAUCUUUAGAGGCCAAAUAUACGUAAAAUUGCACCCAGAUCUCCUCACUUUCUGAAUAUCUGGUUAUCAACAGAUGCUGUAACGUACCGAUGUUCCCUAAACGCCUCACAUGCAGGUGAUACGAGCUAGGUGGUUGUGCACAGGGAAGAUUCUAGUCUCCACUUAGUUUCUUCAGACACGUCUUUGACCAAAAAUUACUGUAAAAGAGUGAAAUGAAGUCAUUUAAUGUCAGAUUUACUCAAGUUGAGUCCAAGUGAUUUUAUCUACAUGGUCUGUUUCCCAUGAACUGAGCAUUUUAAACAUCAGAUCAUGAUCAUUUCAUUGUCGGAAGCCAUAAUUGUGAUUGUAACUGUACAGCCCGAGAAGGUUUCUCCAGUGAAUUUGGUCAAAUCUGUGGGAAAAUUACACAAUCAAGACUUUUCAAGAGAAGGACGCCGUCAGAUUCCCUCAAAAUAGACUUUAUCAUUGGAUGCAAGAUCUUGAUUAUUGUCCACCACAAGCAUAACAACCUAUUUGGAGUUCCUGGUUGGAAAACGCCAUUUAACAACAUUCAGAGUCGAGAAACCCACCUUUAAAAUUCCUAAACCUUCCUACACCCCAGCAGGGACUUUGUUGGGUAGUAAAACUCUCUCCACAGGACUUUAUUUAGUUCCUGUUGUGAAAAUGCAGGUAGAAUUCCUUUAGAUGUUCUCAUUUCCCAAAGAAAGUUGAGAUAAUAUGAAAAUCAAAUGACCUCCUCUCCAGAAAUGUUGUGAAUUUCCAAGGUUUUCUAGGUACGACUGUGGUUUAGUUGGGUUUAACAUCCAAACAAUGCUGGUGCCACAGAGAUUCUAGGAACUAAACCCAGAGAAAACGCUGACAGGAAUCUAUCUAUGCUGACUAUUAUUAAUUAUCUACUGAAACACUUCAGGACGGUUUUAUUACAAUCAGAUUACAAUGUUUUGUUGAUCAUUUCUGCAACGAAGGAAACUUUUCGUUAGUUUGCUACAUUAUUGUUAAGUAGUGAUUGUUUGGAAGACUGCUUCAUUGGAACACCUUCAUCAUGAUAUGCAGGAGGAAACUACAGCCAAAAAGAGUCGCAUGUUAUCAGAGUUGUUUGAAACAGAGCAAUGUGCUUUUAAUACCUUAAUGUAUGAUGCAGAAAUGUGAGGUGACUGAAGUGACGAUACGUUUCCAGGGAAAAUGUUUUUUUUUUAAAAUCACGGUACAAAGAGAUUUCUGGUAGUUAUUUCAUCUCUUGUUGUAUCUCAUGUUUGUGCGGAAAAAUAUUCUGGAAAAAGAUAAGUGGACCUUUUACUGGAGGAUUAUUUUGUCACUUCGACUGUUUCUAAGGCUCGACUGAAGUUUCAUUCCAAAAUGCUUUAUUCCCCUUUUCUAAUUUUGUAAUAUUUGAGAGCAAACAACUGUAUGACAGCUUGGUUUUGGUAUCUGCUGGAUUCUUUUUAUGAUUCAGGUGUCAUAAAUCGAGAUUUCAAAUUUUAUGGGACUAUUUUCUCAACUCUCCACCAUCAAGAUAGAAUUUUGUGUUCUCUUACAAAUGUAAAACCAAAUAUAUACUAAAUGAAAUCAAAAUGAUUAAAGACAGACUCAAAAUGACAACAAAGACACACGAAAUUAUUUCACAUAACUAAAAAACAGUUGCAAAACACCACCAAUCAGACAUGAAUUCUUAAAUUUCCCUUGGGAUUAAUAAAGUAUCUAUCGAUCUAUCUGAAAACAACCACAGAGAGAUGCCAGAUGAACAUGUGGAGACACAAAAUAACUUAAAGGAGUCGCUAAACGACAGACAGAGGACACAAAAUGUCUACAGAGAGAUGCAAAACAGUUACGAAAACACACAAAAUGACCACAAAGAGACACAAAACCACCAUAUAGACACUAAACAACUACAUAGACACAAAACAACAUCAAAGACACACUAAACAGAAAAAAAGUUGCAAAACAACUACAAAAAGACACAAAAUGACCACAAAGAGACAAAAAAGAACUACAAAUACACACGAGAUGAUUGUAAAGAGAGACAAAACCACCAUAUAGACACUAAGCAACUACAUAAAGACAAAAUAAGUACAAAAAGAUGGCAGACAUCACAAACACAACACCUACAAAUAGAUGCAAAAAAGAUGCAAAAUGACCACAAAUAAACAAUAAACAGCAUCGUAAACAUACUAAAUACCUAUAAAAAGAUGCAAUGCAACUACAAAAAGACACAAAAUGACCACAAAGAGACACAAAACCACCAUAUAGACACUAAACAACUACAUAGAGACACAAAACAACAUCAAAGACACACUAAACACAGAAAAAAAGUUGCAAAACAACUACAAAAAGAUACAAAAUGACCACAAAGAGACAAUAAACAGCAUCGUAAACAUACUAAAUACCUAUAAAAAGAUGCAAUGCAACUACAAAAAGACACAAAAUGACCAUAAAUAGGCGAAAAAAAACUACAAAUACACACAACAUGACCACAAAGCCACCAUAUGGACGUAAAAUAACUACAAAAAGAUGCCACGCAACAUCACAGACACACAAAAUACUAACAAAGAGUAAAAAAAAACGCUAUGAAAAAGCAAAAGCAAAAAGACUCAGCUGACAGCAUAAAAUAAGUGAUGGACAUGAAUCACGUGACUGAAACCGAAAAUUCAACCAGUUAAAACUCAUUUUAGGGACAAAUUUUCAGUAAAAAGUUAGAUUUUGGAAUGAAACUCAUCUUGUGUUGUUCUUGAAUGCAGCUUUUUGUCCUACUCGGUGUUGCACUAAAGCUGAAGAACUGGCCUUAAACGUUUCUGUUUGGCUGCAGUGGAACCAAGAGAUCACACUGAAGACGCUUUGAUUCUUUGUUUUUAUUUAUAUAUUUAUUGAAAUGUAGUUCUCACCAGGUGUUUGUGUCCGUCUGUGUUUUCAUUCAUGUUUUUUUUGCAGUAAAGAUGCUGGAAUCAUUAUUUAUAAAUCAUAAAUGUUCUGAUUCAUGCACUGUAGAGCUUCGUGUCAUUACUGUUAGUGCAGAUUAUCAUUAUUAUUAUCAUUUUAAGGAGGAAUUUCACCUAAAAACUGACUGAACUGAAGGAGAUUGUGUGUUUUUUGUUUUAAAGAUGUUUGAAGUUGCACUGAACUGAAAUAAAAUCAGAUUUUGUUUGAAAUAUGAUCCUAAAAGUCAGUAUUGGUUAAAUCCUGAUGACGUUUUAUGCAGUGAUGAAGCUGUUUGAGGAACAAAAACCAUCAUUUAAAAACACUGCAUUUCUCAGCUGAUCUUUGCUACGUUUAUUUUUGUUUUUUAGAAAAAGGGCUGCUUUUUAAGACAAAUCAAGACUUCUGUCUUCUCAAAAUAAAUGCUGUCUGUAUCCCUGAAA